CGUAUCAUAUUCAGAUUAGCUGCUGGUGGACAAAGGGGACUAAUAAAUUUCUCCUCUAGCCAAGCCUUAAGCAGGGGCACAGUGCUGAAUUUUUGUUGUACUAACGAGAUUUCUUUCCCUCAAAUUCAUUUCUUUCUGGCAAACAAAACUCUUUCUCCUGCAAAUUCACAAAACAAAAACCUUCUUGUUUUGAUUUCCUUCCCAUUUCCCAAAGGCGACGAUAUAAAAGACAAAACUCAAAAAUCUCCCCACUACGCUAUACUAUACUAACUGCAAUCCAACACAAGAUCUGAAUCUUUUUUUUCGGUCACUCUCCACCACUAAAUAUAUUUGGUUAAACCAGAGCAACCAAAAUCUUAGUUGAAGAAAAAGAAAUGGCAUCACAAUCACAAAGGCAAAGCAAUCAGCCGGUACAUAAUCAAGCUCAGUCUUCGGGUACCAGUAACAUGAGGCAACACCAUCACGCCACAGAAUCAGUAAGCAAAGCAAUUGCACAAUACACAGUCGAUGCACAACUCCAUGCAGUUUUUGAACAAUCUGGUGGCACUGGUAGGUCAUUUGAUUACUCAAAGUCUGUUAGAACUACUAACCAGUCAGUACCUGAACAACAAAUCACAGCGUAUUUGUCAAAAAUUCAAAGGGGUGGUCAUAUUCAGCCAUUUGGGUGCAUGAUUGCUGCAGAUGAACAGUCUUUUAGGGUCAUUGCGUAUAGCGAAAACGCCAAAGAUAUGCUUGGUUUAACUCCACAAUCAGUCCCUUCUUUAGAGAAACAAGAAAUUCUCUUUGUUGGGGCUGAUGUAAGGAUUCUUUUUAGGCCUUCCAGCGCUGUUUUGCUUGAAAAAGCAUUUGGUGCAAGGGAAAUAACAUUGUUGAAUCCAAUUUGGAUUCAUUCCAAGAAUUCCGGGAAGCCCUUUUACGCAAUUUUGCAUAGGAUUGAUGUUGGUAUUGUUAUUGAUUUAGAGCCUGCUAGGACUGAAGACCCUGCUUUAUCUAUAGCAGGGGCUGUUCAGUCUCAGAAGUUAGCAGUUCGUGCGAUUUCACAAUUACAAUCACUUCCUGGUGGGGAUAUUAAGUUAUUAUGUGAUACUGUUGUGGACAGUGUGAGAGAGCUUACCGGGUAUGAUAGAGUUAUGGUUUAUAAGUUUCAUGAGGACGAGCAUGGUGAGGUUGUCGCUGAGAAUAAAAGGGUUGAUUUGGAACCUUAUAUCGGUUUGCAUUAUCCUUCCACGGAUAUACCACAAGCUUCGAGGUUUUUGUUCAAGCAGAAUAGGGUUAGGAUGAUUGUGGAUUGUCAUGCUAUACCGGUCCGUGUUAUUCAGGAUGAGGCGCUUAUGCAGCCUUUAUGCUUGGUUGGUUCGACUCUUCGUGCUCCUCACGGUUGUCAUGCUCAGUAUAUGGAGAAUAUGGGGUCGAUUGCUUCAUUGGCCAUGGCUGUUAUUAUUUAUGGAAAUGAUGAAGAAGCUAUCGGUGGGAGGAACUCGAUGAGGCUUUGGGGUUUGGUUGUUUGCCAUCACACUUCUGCUAGGUGUAUUCCAUUUCCGCUUCGUUAUGCGUGUGAGUUCUUAAUGCAGGCUUUCGGGCUUCAAUUGAACAUGGAAUUGCAGUUGGCAUCGCAGUUGUUGGAGAAACAUGUCUUGAGGACUCAGACUCUCUUAUGUGAUAUGCUUCUCCGCGACUCUCCUACUGGCAUUGUUACUCAAAGUCCAAGUAUCAUGGACCUUGUGAAGUGUGAUGGGGCAGCUCUUUAUUACCAGGGGCAGUAUUACCCUUUAGGCGUGACCCCAACUGAAACCCAAAUAAAAGAUAUUGUGGAGUGGUUGUUGACCCUUCAUGGAGACCCAACUGGAUUAAGCACUGACAGUUUGGCCGAUGCUGGGUAUCCUGGGGCAGCCUUUCUCGGCGAUGCAGUUUGUGGGAUGGCUGUUGCUUAUAUUGCUGAGAGAGAUUUUCUUUUUUGGUUUCGGUCUCACACUGCAAAGGAGGUCAAAUGGGGUGGUGCGAAGCAUCACCCAGAGGACAAGGAUGAUGGGCAGAGGAUGCAUCCGCGUUCAUCAUUCAAGGCAUUCUUAGAGGUGGUGAAGAGCCGGAGUUUACCGUGGGAGAAUGCAGAAAUGGAUGCCAUUCAUUCUUUGCAGCUUAUUUUGCGAGACUCAUUUAGGGAUGCUGAAGCAACCAAUUCUAAGGCUGUUGUACAUACCCAGCUCAAGGAUAUGGAAUUGCAAGGUAUGGAUGAGCUCAGUUCGGUUGCAAGAGAAAUGGUUAGACUAAUAGAGACUGCAACUGCUCCGAUAUUUGCUGUAGACGUUGAUGGCCGCAUAAACGGGUGGAAUGCAAAGGUUGCUGAGUUGACUGGACUCUCAGUUGAGGAAGCCAUGGGGAAGUCUUUGGUUCACGAUCUUGUUUAUAAGGAAUAUGAAGAAAUUGUUGACAAGCUUAUUCAUCGUGCAGUAAAAGGCGAAGAAGAUAAGAACGUGGAGAUAAAAUUGAGGACCUUUUGCUCUGAACACCAAAAGAAGGCUGUUUUUGUGGUGGUAAAUGCUUGUUCGAGCAAGGAUUACAUGGAUAAUAUAGUUGGGGUUUGCUUUGUUGGUCAGGAUAUUACAGGUCAAAAAGUGGUAAUGGACAAAUACGUCCUUAUACAAGGUGAUUAUAAGGCUAUUGUACACAGUCCCAAUCCUUCGAUCCCUCCGAUUUUUGCUUCAGAUGAGAACACAUGUUGCUUGGAGUGGAACACUGCCAUGGAAAAACUCACAGGAUGGUCCAGGGGCGAAGUUGUUGGGAAGAUGUUGGUUGGGGAGGUUUUUGGCAGUUGCUGUAGGCUCAAGGGUCCAGAUGCACUGACAAAAUUCAUGAUUGCCCUGCACAAUGCAAUUGGAGGGAUAGAUACAGACAAGUUACCCUUUUCAUUCUUUGACCGGAAUGAAAAAAAUGUGCAAACUCUCUUGACAGCUAACAAGAGGGUUAAUAUGGAGGGAGAUAUUAUUGGAGCCUUCUGCUUCUUGCAGAUUGCAAGUCCUGAGUUGCAGCAAACUUUGAAAGUUCAGAAACAGCAGGAAAAAAAAAGCUUUGCAAGGAUGAAAGAGUUGGCUUACAUUUGCCAGGAAAUAAAAAAUCCUUUAAGUGGUAUACACUUUACCAACUCGCUUUUGGAGAACACAGACUUGACUGAAGAUCAACAGCAGUUUCUCGAGACUAGUGCUGCAUGUGAAAAACAGAUAUUGAAGAUCAUACGAGACAUUGAUCUUGAGAGCAUUGAAAAUGGUUCACUGGAGCUUGAGAAGGCUGAAUUUUUACUUGGGAGUGUCAUAAAUGCUGUUGUUAGCCAAGCAAUGCUAUUGCUGAGGGAAAGAAAUCUACAAUUGCUUCGUGAUAUUCCAGAAGAAAUAAAAACGCUGGCAGUUUAUGGUGAUCAGGCAAGAAUUCAACAAGUAUUGGCUGAUUUCUUGUUGAAUAUGGUGCGUUAUGCUCCAUCUUCAGCAGGUUGGGUGGAGAUUCAUGUUUGUCCAACACUGAAGCAAAUCUCUGAUGGACACACUCUCGUGCAUACAGAGUUCAAGAUUGUUUGCCCUGGUGAAGGUCUUCCUCCUGAAUUAGUUCAAGACAUGUUCCAUAGUAGUAGAUGGGUUACUCAAGAGGGCCUAGGGCUCAGCAUGUGCAGGAAGAUCUUAAAGCUAAUGAAUGGUGAAGUCCAAUAUAUUAGAGAGUCAGAAAGAUGCUAUUUCUUAGUUGUCCUCGAAGUACCCAUGCCUCAAAAAGUUGGAAAGGGUGCUGCAGACUAGGAUGCUUGGCCUGCAACAUCCACUAAGGAGCUUUCUCAAUUUCAAACUGACACUCGUUAUGCUGCACCGUGAGGGGAUGGUUCCAAAAAUCCAGUUUCAAGGUUUAAGCGUGUGCCAGGGCCGCCUGAUUUGGUUAAGUUAUCCUGAAAAUACAACUGUUGCUCUCUAUCCACUUACAAUAUGGUUUUUGCUUCUUUAUCGGCGCCAGUCCAGAUCAAUAACUCACACAUGAGGUAGCUGCUUACUUUCUAGCCUGUUAAUUCGAAGAUCCCAUCGAUGUAGAUAAGCCAAAUUAUAAUGCUGUGGUAUGCUGUCAUUGUUAUAAAUAAAGAAGCAUCAAAAGGAUGCCAUUAGAUUGUUGCAGAGGCUUCCACGAUAAGGCCCUCAAAGGUUGUAUAUAUUCGCCUGCUGCAAGUAUAUACUGUAUGUACCCUAGCUUCUGAAAUCCCCGGAUAACUAUAACAUAUUUAUCUGUACGAGGUUGCUCCAGCUAGAGUUAGUCUGAUAAUUCUUCAUUUUCUCUUGUUUAAUAAAAUCAAAUGUCCUGUUCCGGAACGUAGUUUCAGGAUUUGUAUUGUUUUUCCUGCCCUCCCGUGAUUGAGGAUUUUGGACAGCGCAAGUUCGGAUCACUUGUUUUGUAA